GCAGCCCUACUACAAUCUCGCUGUGAAAUCUCGCACACACACACACACACACACACUCUCUCUCACACACACUCAUCACAACAAGGGGACGAUGCUCCGGCUUUAGACGCAGUGAACGCGCACGGUAACUGAGCCCCUGUGUGUUGACGGACAUGAACGCGGUCUUCUGACUGAACAGGAGCGCAGUUUAGGUCCAAGAUGCCCGACUGCUGCGCCGCAGCCGAGUGUAAGCAGCGCUCUGAGCAGCACAACGUGUCGUUCUUCAGGUUCCCUUUGGACCCCGAGCGAUGUAAACAGUGGGUGGGGAACUGUCGCAGAACGGACCUGCAGACUAAAACCUCAGAGUACUUGCACAGAAACUUUAAACUGUGCUCAAGACACUUUGAGGCGUCUCUGAUACAGAAGGAAAGUGAACUCAGGACGGUAUUAAAGGACGGCGCCGUCCCGACGAUAUUCGAUUUUACGACCAAGAAGGGCAACGCGCAGAACAGCAACAGGAAAAGAAAGAUACAAGCUACUGCAGUUGAUCCUGUGGAUGUAAAAAAGGUGAAAGACGAGGCCGUGCCGGAGACGGUGGCACAAAAUGUGACCGAAGACUCAACAGAGGACGCUGUAGAGCAGGAGCCUGCACCAGUCAGACCAGAGAAAGAGGAUCCUGCUACUUCCAAAGCUAAGGAAAUUCUGAAGAUCCACUUUAAGGAGACUUUAGCAUUCACUGGCUUCAACAUUGUCAACAAUGUCGCCGCCGGUGCUGCAAAGUCGAUGGGGGGCGGAGCUGUCGGGCCUCUCAUGGUCAACCCUAUUUGUGCGGAAAAGAUUGACUCCAAAGACGUGCUGAGACUCGGAGAGGACGUGAUGCGCCAGGAGAUCCGCAACACUUUACGCAUGGCUCGCUUCUUCUCCAUCCUUCUCCAGGACAAAACAGACAUCGAAGGCAAGGAUCAGAUCCCGGUGUUCGUCCGCUCUGUCAGCAACGACGGGUUUCCCCAGAAGCACCUGCUGGGGUUUCUGCCCUGCGACGUGGACUCGGACAGCCUGUAUCUCAUGCUCAUGUCCGAGAUCCGCAACAAGUGGGGACUCCGAAUGGAGCACUGUCGAGGAUUCACGUACCUGACGACAGGCAGCUUGUGUCAGAAGCUAAACGAGUUCUCCUGUCGCAUGCUCCGGGACUUCCCGCAGGUUGUCCUGGCUCCCAGUGACCCUUACGCCUUCAACAUGUGGCUGAUCCGCUCCUUGCCCGUCCUUUCUGUACAGGACGUCGUGGACACGGUAGAGGAAGUGGCCGUUGUCUUGAAGCAGUCCGAUACGCUUAGGAAAAAACUGCACACAAAGAUUACAGCGGCGUACAGUCAUAUCAAAGGUGAGGUGGAUCGCGUCAAGGAGUCUUGCCAGAACAACUGGGAAUAUGGCACGGAUGCUUUUCAGACGAUGUUGGACAUCCUGGAGCCUCUGCUGAACAGCAUCGGAGAGAUGUGCACCAGUGCGCUGUCGGAGGUGGACGCAACCGUCAUGGAACAACUGCUCAAGCUCAAGGACAAGCUCAAGAAUUUCAACUUCAUCAUCACUCUGGUGAUCCUCAAGAACACACUGUGCUGUGUCAGCAUCCUCAACCCGAGCCUGAGGGGUAUCAUCAGCAUCAGCAGCACCUUGCAAUACACUAUCUCCAACGCCUUAAAGCUGCUCAACAAACACCUGCAGGAAAUCCCUAUAUUCCACAGGAAGUGGUUCUCCGAUGCUGUGGGCAGGGCCAAAAAGCUGGGCGUGUCGGUCACUCUGCCGGCGGACACGGCUGCGAACGGCCUCUCCGACGGAAAAACGCCGACCUCGCCGGAGGACUACUACAGGGAAACGCUAAGCAAAAUGGUCCUGCAAUACCUCAUCGACGAGGUGAAGCGAGUCCUCGGCAUCGAGAUGGUCCGAAUCCUAAGAUGGCUGUCUUUAGUGCCGUCGUACAUGGCCGACCACAAUUUCAGCAUUCGUAAAGACAAGGUGGCUGACGCCAACCUGAACAAUCUGGCUCGUCCGGACUCCUUCUAUGAUGAACUGGGCUGCUGGGAAGUCAAAUGGAGGCAUGCGAGCAAACGCAGGAUCCUACCCACGGGGGUCUUUGCCACCUUAAAGAUCCCUGAUAUCGGAUUCUAUCCCAACGUGCAGAGUCUGCUGAGAGUCCUGGGUUCCAUCCCUUGCAUCAACGCAGACGCGGACGUGUACGUGCAGUACGACAUGGUGUUGGACAGAUAUCGCUCCUACGUGAAGGCGAUGCCGGUAGAGAAGAGACUGUGCAACAUGGCGUUCAUUUACGUCAAUCAGGAUGUGCAUUUCAACAUCGACGACAUGGUGCAGUCGUACGUGGAAAGCCAUCCGGACGUACUGCAGCUUCUCUGUAAGGAUGAUGUAAUGGAGGUUCAACCUUCAGCAACAGAAAACAGCACUAAUGAUGCCGCGAAGGAAGAUCUGGAGGAACCGAGAGAGAUUAUUUUGGAUAUGGAGUUGGAGAGGCCGAAACCAGAGUGUUCGGGGACUGAUAAAGAGGCGUUAAAAUCUGCGCUGAAGGCUGCGCUCACUGCAGCGUGGAACAGCCAGAGCAGACAGUUUCAGGGUGGCCCAGACGGCGAGGUUGAAUAUGUGACCAAAUCUGAAAUGAACGAGGUUUUGAAAGUGUGUGCGGACGUCGUGAAAGAUGGGAUUCUUUGUGAAGCAGGAAAUUCUUUCUUCUCUCUCUUCAUCGAUCGAGUGGUAAGGUUUGGUGAAACAGAAUUCCUCCCGCUGUUUCUUAGGUUCGUAGACAGUUUCGAUGUCAUGCAUUUGGAGCUGAUGGGAUUUGUGGAAGCGAACCUCGAUACCGAGGCGAUGUGCGAGCGCCUUUUUGACGUCGUCGUCAAGGAAUGGCGUCUCGAUUUCAAAUACUGCCGAGGCCAGGCGUACAUGGGGUCCGGGGAAAUCUCGUACAAGCUCAAGGCCUUCGCGUGCAAAGUUCAGGAGAAGUAUCCUCUCGCAAUAUGCACCCACUGUUCCUGUUAUUCGUUUAACACGUGGUGGUCGAUGACGGUUCCGGUGCCCUCCAUCAGCAGAGCCUUAGAUGUACUCGAGAAGAUAGUGUUAUUUUUCAGCAGCUCACCUGAACUUGAAAAACAGCUGGACCAAGUCAUAGCUGUCGGUCUGCGUGAGAGCUACGAGAAGAUUCACGAGUUUCAAGGGAACUUCUGUUCCUCUUGGCAGGAGAAGCACGACUCCUACGACGUCUUCUCUCAGAUAUUGGAACCUCUGGUCGAUUGUCUGGAGAGGUUCCAGAACAGCGGUCCGAUGACCUGGAGUUUAGCCGUCGUCAACCAGGCAAAGAAACUUCUGCAACUGAUCCGAGACUUCGACUUCAUUGUGGCGAUAGUGGCUCUAAAGAACAUCUCGUCUUUCACCAGAGAACUGAGCGCAGCUUUGCAGAAAGACCAUUUCAGCGCCGCUUCCCAGCUCUGCCAGAUCAGCGGCAUCGUAUCGACGCUCAACCGACUCAAGACUAACAUUAAGGUCUUCCACCAGAACUGGUUCGAUGAAGCGUGUUCUUUUGCUCAAACCUUAGGGGUGCAGGUUAAAGUGCCCGAGAGCGUACCGUGUCCCCGGGACAGCCUGCUCAAACCAGGCGGGUACUAUAAAGACGCCGUCAGUGUCCCUUUGGUCGAUUACGUAAUUAACUCCGUCAAGGACCAUUUUUCAGACGACCACAAAGAGGCGCUCAAUUUCUUAUCUCUGGUCCCGUGUUCCGUGACCAUGAGCUACACUUUUGAAAGCCUGAAGUCGAAGCCUCCGUUGUACGUCGGUGACCUUCCGGAUCCGGACAACUUCUUCACGGAACUUUCUUGUUGGAAGGUUAAAUGGAAAACCAAAGUGGUUUCCCCGACAAUCCCGGACACUAUUUUUCAGACUCUCCGCCUGCCGCUCAUGCAGUAUUUUGCCAACAUUAACACGUUGCUGAAGAUCAUGUCGGUGUUACCCAGUACCACGCUGGAGCACUGUGGAGAAGUAAAGCGGCACAAAAUGUUUCAGGAUUACCUGAGGAGCACGUACGCUAAGGACAGGACUCCGUGUUUAGCCAUGCUUCAGGUGGGCACAAACUUUAACAGAGAUCUGGACAGGAUGGUGACGCAGUGUUUGAAAGUAACCCCAAAGACACUGGAAGGCAUCUGCUUGGACAAAGAAGCAAAAACUCUGAGGAAUUCUGAGAUACGAGCUGAAGACAACCACAACGAAGAGGAGAUGGAGGUUCAACCAGAAAGAUCUACUAAAAAGCUCCCGGACUUUAACGAGUUAAAGGCAGAAGAUAACCGUACAGCUUCAUCCAACAAAACGGAGACCCAGCAGGUUCCUGAAGUUAUACCUGCUGUACUUAUGGAGGAACUGCAAGCGAAGCCUUUGGAUGAGAACAGUCGCUCUGACCAGCCUGUAGACGGUCUUCAGCGAGUCUUCGUGGUGGCGGCCAGACUGGCCCGGAAAAAAUGCCUGUUGUUGGAACUUCCCAAGGAAGAGCAAGACUUGGUGGUGCAAGAGCUCGGGAUGUGUCAGUGGGACCAGGAGAACACACAGCACUUUUCAGAUUUGCUGGACGAUAUUGUGAAGUCAAUGAGAAAAGCGAUCCUUUCAGAAGUUCAGGAAUCUCCGUUUUUUUCCAUUAUUACGGACAAGCUGGUGUGUGUUGAUGACAAGAAGUACGUUCCUGUGUUUGUCCGGUAUGUUGACUGUUUCACUCCCAAAGUAGAGUUUUUAGGGUUUCUGCCCUUAGAUUCAAGCUCGGAUGCAGAUACCCAAGCUAAGACUCUAUCGAGCGUUCUCUCAGACGAGUGGGGGCUCCAGAUGGGGUGCUGUCGUGGCCAAUCCUUCAUGUGCAUGGGUUUUGUGGGACAAGGACUGAGAAAGCUAUCUUUAGAUGUCCUGGAGAACUUUCCUCUCGCUGUGAACACACCGAGUGAAUCGUGUGGACUUGCUUAUUGGCUAGCGGUAAGCCUUCAAAACGAUCCCAUCGUAAAGGUGCUUGGUGUAGUUGAGGACCUUCUGCUUUUCUUCGAUCAGUCACCAAGACUGUACGUUGAGCUUUAUCAGACAAGGGAAGGUCUCUUGAACACGCCUCGGGAAGCUCUCGCGGAGGUCCCAGAAACCUGUUUGUCCAAGUGGAAAAAAAGAGAAGAUUUCUUUGACGUUUUGGUGGACAUGUUGGAGGGAGUCCUGACCUGUCUGGACUCCGUUAGCAACAAUGCUGACGGUUCCUGGAGCAACAGCAUGUCGAUACAUGCGCUGAUGCUCUCCACAGCCAUUAGGGAAUCAGAUUUUGUUGUUUCCCUCGUAAUCCUGAAGAACGCCUGCACACCUCUACGGAACUGCAGCACAGUGUUCCGCUGUGGAAAUCCGGCUGAUAUCAUCUGUGAGCUGGAGAAGAUCCCUGUUAUUAUCGAGUCCCUUGUUAAGAUGUUAGAGAACAUUAGCGUAGUGAACAAUACCUGGUUCGAGGAGGCAACCCAGCUCGCCGCUAAAGUCGCCGGAGCUCUCUCGUAUCCAGACGCGGUCAGCAGCUACGACUCUCCGGAGGUGGGUUACAGAGAGACGGUCAGCCUACCUGUCUUGAGCGGUCUGAUCGAGGAAAUGAAGUUCAACUUUUCAGAGUGUCACUUGAAAGCCCUCAGGGUCCUUUCUCUGCUUCCUACGUGCGACCCUCUGCCUAUUCUCGCCGAAGCACCUGAUAAGCUCUACACUAUCUACCAAAGUGAUCUACCUGAACCAGACGCAGCAGAGGAAGAAAUUAAUGCCUGGGCUACAGUAUGGCAAGAGAAGUAUCAGGACAGUUCACUGCCCACCUCAAUCUCAGAGACUCUGCACCACCCUGAAGCUAAGGGUCACCCGAACGUGACGACUCUUCUCAGGCUUGUUGCUGUGCUGCCUAGCAUUAGCAUGGAGUGUGAUCUGAUGAAGACUACACUUAACUCGUUGAGGAGCUUGAUCGGGAACGACUACGAAGGUGCCGACAAGACCAACACCGUAAUGCUUCUUAUGCAUUAUCCCAUGCUGCGGACUUUGGAGCAGGUGAUCGACAAGUGUAUGGAACUUGAUGAAAAGAGCCAUGGCUUUCUCGCUCCGGUGAAGGAGAGUCUUUGUGUUAUGAAAAUGGAGAGUGAGCUCGAUGGGGUUUCUUCAGAGGAAAAGGCCAGUAUUACCACCUUCGGGGUUUCAGAGGUAAUAAACGGCACAGUUCCAGUCAUCGCACAAGACCAGCCCACGGCUACAGUGCAGUGCGACACUGGAGAGUUAAGCACUAAUCUGUUAGUUAGCAUCGCUGCUACUCCGAAGGACGGCGCCGUGGAAAUAACUGCUUCUAACGGACGAGCCGAGAUACAGGAAUCUUCUUCCGUCAGCGCAGGUGGUCCGUCAGCAGCGAGCCGUUCAAACGACACUGAAAUCGGUUCCUCCACAGCGAGUCCACCUGACGUCACGUCGCUCCAACAGGAUGUUUCCAAAGAGCACAAGGCAACAGCUGCAGAGCUACAGAAUGGAAAUGUAAAGCUUCUAAAUGAGGUGGCAGCCCAAAAUAUCACCACUCAGCUUACCACAGCAUCCCAGGACGUCACCAUGGCGCUUGUAGAACUGGUGGAAUCAGAAGGGUCGGACCAGAGCGCGGAGCCAGUAACCGCAGAACCGAUCGCCGCAGCCGAGGAUGCCGUCGUGGACGUCGUGGCAGGGGCACCGGAUGCCGUCACAAAGCCAGAAACGGAAGCCCUGCCAGUUACUAUAGAGCUUUUAGCAUCAGCACAGGAUGUCGUUCCGGAUCUAGGUACGGCAGAGGACGUCUCCAUGGAGCCUGAAAUUGGUGCGACAUCCAAUGAUGUCGUUACUGAGCAAAGUGUCAACAUGGAGCCAGGAUCUGUUACAGAAUUCAAGGAUGUCCCGAUAGACUCUGUAGUGGAAGACGAGGUCACUGCACAGCCUGUUAGAGGAGACAAAGAUGUUCCUAUUGAACCUGAAGCAGUAGAACAAGGUGUCAUGAGUGUGUCAGAUGUGGCAGCUGAAAAUGACAUCACAGAGCCUGGAUCUGCACUCCAGGGUGUCGCUGACAAAGUUGGUCACGGUGCCAGUACAAACCCGGUUGCGGUACCCCAGGAGAUCACUAAGGAACUUGUUACAACUGGACAAGAUGGCACUUCAAUAAACGAAGCCCAGUUAGCCCAGGGUAUCACCACAGAGCCACCUCAGAGUGCCAGAGCAGCAGAGUGUGUCACCACAGAGCCUGUAACAUCAGCCCAAAGCAUGACCACUGAGCCAGAUCUACCAGGACAGGAUCUCCUCAAAGAAUGUGAUUCGGCAGUAGAACAAUCUUCAGCAAUGGUCCAUGAUAAAGCCUCAGAUAACAGAACAGGGUCUGAAGCCUCAACAAUGCAACCCCAAACAAUUCAAGUGGACACCCCAAGUCAUGACCCCACAACAGCCCUGGAAGUGACUGUGAACCCAUUACCUCAGGAUAUAAGCAGUGAAACCAACACAGCUCAGGGUGUCUCGGUUCUGACUGCAGCAGACGACCAGAAAUCUUCCAGCGCCGACGUACAGGAUGUCACCACACAACCUGUAACAACAGGGAAUGAUGUUACCUUGGAUGACCAGCGCGGCCCUAAAGAAUCAAAAACAGCAUCGCUAAAUGCUACAAAUUGCACAGCACCAGUUCAGAGCGGGGAGUCUGUUACAGCUGAGCAAGCGGUGACCACAACGCACGUGCCAGCAGCCCAGGAUGCUCCUAUGGAUACCACCGAAUCAGAUAACGGUGUUGCGACAGACAAGAGCACUGUUCCUACAGAGUCAGCAGCAGAACAUGUCCCCAUGGAGUGUGAUGCAGCAUCAGAUAAAGAACCUGCAGGUACAGUGCAGGACGUUGUGAUGGAGAGCCAAGAUGAACCCAAAGAAACGGCCCAUAACGUCACCACGGAACCCAUCACAGAAAUCAAGGAUGCACCCGUGGAUCGUAUUGAAGAUGUCGACGCAGAAGCUCGAGAUGCUGGCCUAAAGGUUGACGUUCGAGGUGUUGCCGUGGCACCAGCUCAGAAUGGGACCUCCCAGUCCAAAACACCUGCUCCGGAUGUGGUAGAUAAGGCCAGUAAAGUCGGUGCUGUAGAGACCGCCACAAGUGACGCAAACAGCUUCACGGAAGUGGAAGUCAAGCAUAAAACUGUUGAAGAUGAUCUCGAUCAACCCUAUGCAAUAGCUCAAGAUGGCACAGAUCCCUCCAAAGAAGUAGCACAAGCAACGGGUGAAGAUGGCACUGAACCCCACAAGGGGGUCUUGUCGUUCUACAGCAGCCCCACUCAAGAGGCUUUUUUCAGUGAAAUUCAAAAUGCAAAGUUCUUUUCUAUUGUUUGUGAACAGCAAAUCGAGAUAGAAGGACAUACGUAUAUCCCCAUAGGGAUCUGUUACCUUCAGAAACAGAAGACGCCAUGUGAGGACGUAUUGGCUUACGUCCCACUUGACCAAGACAUUGUCGCUUUUGUGGAUUCUAUGACAGCAGCUCUGUCUGAGAAGUGGGGUUUGGACUUGGCCUUCUGUCGGGGACAAAGCCUGCUGACUGUAGGUGCUGCGGGGGCACAAGUGAGAGCAGCGGCAGCGUUGUUGUCUCAGAGGUACCCGCACGCCAUACGCACCUUCAGCUCCACCGUAUCCCUAAACACGUGGCUGGCCAAAUCGUGUAUCAUCUCCGAGAUAGCAGACAGCUUCACGUGGGUGGAGAGGAUGCUCCAGUGGGUGACUGAGGAUGAGGAGAAACGCGCUGUAUUACACAAAAUGGUCGCUACCCUGUUUCAGCACAAUGCGGUGAAGCACAGUGACCUGACUGAUCGGCUGAGCAGAAGCCAAUGGGAGAGGUGUCACGACACACUGGACCUUACCGUAGAAAUCCUGGAAGCCAUCAUGCUCACUUUGAACGAUAUAAAGGAUAAUCAUGACAUCCAGGCAGAAAAAACACAGGCUGGUGACUUUCUCAUCAUUCUGCAGAACUUUGAGUUCAUCUUGACGCUCGUGAUCAUGAAGAACGUCUUGGGUCCCACAAAAAGUCUAAGUCAGAAUCUCCAGGGUCAACCUCUGGAUGUGUAUCAAGCUGUGACCAGUCUGUCUGAAGUACUUACAGCACUGAGCGAUAUGAAAGCCAACAUUGACACUCACCUUCAAAGUUGGUACCAAGAAGCCGUGGAGUUCGCUUCCAAGUUACUGAUCAGCGUGGACAAUACUUCACAAGAGUGUCUGAUCAUUUACUGUAGAGAUAUCAUCAGCAAAGGAGCAAUAGAUCACUCCAUUUGCGAGAUCUCAGAGCUUUGCUCAGACCGCGCUUUGUCAGCCGUGCGCUGCAUGCAGGUUGUGCCUUAUGUCAUAUCCAAAAAGGAAGGAUGCUGCACGGACACCGAGGUCUUCAAGGUGUACCAGGACGAUCUCCCAGAUUCCAGUUCUCUGCAGGUGGAGCUUCUGAAGUGGCGCGAUAGGUGGUCGGAGUCCGACGAACAGCCUCUUCCUGCUGGUCUUCUAGACACGCUGAAUUCCACAGACGCAGAGUCCUUCCCCAACAUCGAGACUCUUCUCAGGCUUCUCGUGAUCUUGCCCUGUUUCAGAAAAGAGGAUUUGAUCAGACAAGGAAAGAAGAGUCUCAUCGAGUUCAACCACCAGAGAUCUUUACUCGAGCUGUAUCCUUUAUAGAGUGGUAACCUGUUAACCCGUCAAACUGCCCCUAAAACUAGCUUUCCAUUCAUUAGGGUGUUGUAUACUGCUGAAGUCCUCAGUGUUUUACUUACUGUAUCCUGGUUACAGCUGAUCAAAUCUGAGCGUAGGUUUCAGUAAGGGUUUCUGUUUCGUUUUAAUUAGAGAUCUAAUUAGACCUGUACACUUUAAGUAUAAUCCAAUUGUUUUAUUAGUUUUUGUCGUCUUAUUUUUAUCUCGUGUGUGAUGUGGACUAAGAAAGAGGACUGCCUACAGGGACCAAUGUCUUGCCAAAACAAAACAAAACAAAAAAAAAAAAAAAAAAAGCAGAAAAAGGAAGAAAAAUAAACGCCCUAGCGAGGGCUCUAAUGCUUUGUGCCUUUAUGCAAAACCUUACCCUGACUCUUGGAACAUAAGGACUAAGUUUGUCUGCAAGAAUGCUUUCAAGCCAAGCUUUUUGGAAGCUUCCCAGCAUCUUCAGGAACUUUUACAUUUUUUUUUUUUUUUUUUAAAUCCUGUAAAUCCUAUAAAAAUAAAUAACGAUCCAGACGUGUUCGGUCCAGUUACGCUCAUUUAGUCCAACAACCUGUGGGUUUUAAAUCACCUGAAUCAUGUCACGGUCGUCACGCAGCACAAAUGCUGAGAUGCUACUUUCCAUUAUGUGUCAAAAACAAGUUUCGUUUGUUUGCAGUUUGACUUGGAUGCAUUGGUUUCUGUAAACACUUUCUCCAAAAAAUCCUUCAUAUGAAAAGAAGGAUUCAAAUAUAUAUAUAUUUGACUAAAAUAAAUAAAAAUGAUUUAAAUGAAA